UAUUGCGUGUGACAAGAAUCGACGUCGAAUCCUCAAAAAUUUGAAAAAUUCUCAGUAUGUGAAAGGGAAGACCGCCAAUAAAUGGAAUAUAAGGACGCUACAGAUGUCGAAGAAGAAGAAAACAGCGACUACUCCAAAGAGCACCCAUCGAAAGUCCACCCGUCACCUGAAUUGAUCGCUGUCAUCGGAGACGAAGAGACCUGCGUAGGUUUCAUAUUGGCUGGCACUGGACAACUGGACGAAUGGGACAAGCCGAAUUACCAUAUAGUCGGACCUCAUACCGACGACUACGAGGUAGAGCUGGCGUUCCAAUCUUUCGUCGACCGAAAAGAUGUCGCCAUCGUCUUGAUAACGAAGGAGGCGGCGGAAAAAAUCGCCUACACCUUGAAACGCUACAAAAAAAUUAUACCGGCGACGCUGGUUAUACCGGGACACAAUGGACCGUACGACGUUGACCUUCCGCUUAUCGUUGCCGAUAUCCAAAAGCGCAAGGAGAUGGCACUGACGAACAACAGGAGAUCGUCAAGUUCGUCGGUCAACUCUUUCCGUUCGAGCACGUCUUCGUGAAAAACUUGAUUAUUCUCGCGGUUUUGCAGGACGGUUACUUAGGCGCUUGCCAAGUGCUUAACUGGGGUUAAAUUAGAGAAAAGUUGUUGAACUUUAAUAACUUACAAAACAG